AUUCCAAGCAAUGAGGACUACCCUAAGAAUUCUACACUAUCGACACAGAUAUCAAAACCCCCUUCCCUAUAAUUAAGACUUUUAACCACUGCAUUCACUCACCGGAGUUUCCCAAGCUGACAUUUUUGCUGUCUCUUGUGUAUUCCUUAUCUUCACAAACCCUUUUAAAACCUAUCCUAUCAACUGCCAUUUUCCAGAUUCCUGAAAGAAAAUGACAUCAUCUUUCAAUGCCUUGUUGUAUAGCUCCCCAGCAUUUCCCUGCAGUAGGACAAUGGACAAAAAGUUUUUGAGUUCUUCAGGUCGACUAUCGUCAUUUGAUUCUAUAUCUUCAAGUGCCAUUGUAGGCAGGAAACAGAAUGUGAUUUUACGGAGAGGACACUCUUCCAAAAUUUGGGCUAUGGCCAAGGAGUUGCAUUUCAACAAGGAUGGUUCUGCUAUUAAGAAGCUUCAAACAGGUGUUAACAAACUUGCUGACUUAGUUGGUGUUACUCUUGGUCCAAAAGGGAGAAAUGUAGUUUUAGAGAGCAAGUUUGGCUCCCCAAAAAUUGUUAAUGAUGGUGUCACUGUUGCUAAGGAGGUUGAGUUGGAGCAUCCUGUGGAGAACAUUGGUGCUAGAUUGGUAAGACAGGCUGCUUCAAAGACCAAUGAUCUAGCUGGUGAUGGAACAACCACAUCAGUUGUUCUUGCACAAGGUUUGAUAACUGAAGGUGUUAAGGUGGUUGCUGCUGGUGCAAAUCCUGUUCAAAUUACAAAAGGUAUUGAAAGCACUACUAAGGCCCUGGUGUCUGAACUUAAGAUGAUGUCAAAAGAGGUUGAAGACAGUGAACUAGCAGAUGUGGCUGCCGUUAGUGCAGGAAACAACUAUGAAGUAGGCAAUAUGAUUGCUGAAGCUAUGGGCAAGGUGGGAAGAAAAGGCAUAGUGACUCUUGAGGAAGGCAGCGGUUCCGAAAACAGCAUGUAUGUUGUGGAAGGGAUGCAAUUUGACCGUGGUUAUAUCUCUCCUUACUUUGUUACAGACAGUGAGAAAAUGGCUGUUGAAUAUGAAAAUUGUAAGUUACUACUUGUUGACAAAAAGAUAACAAAUGCAAGAGAUCUCAUCCACGUUUUGGAAGAUGCUAUUAAAGAGGGUUACCCAAUUGUAAUAAUUGCAGAAGAUAUCGAGCAGGAAGCUCUUGCUACUCUUGUUGUGAACAAGCUCAGAGGGUCAUUAAAGAUUGCUGCACUGAAAGCCCCUGGUUUUGGAGAGCGCAAAAGUCAAUAUCUUGACGAUAUUGCUAUACUCACUGGAGGUACUGUAAUAAGAGAUGAGGUUGGUUUGUCAUUGGACAAAGCUGAGAAGGAGGUCCUGGGGCAAGCUGCGAAAGUGGUGCUCACUAAGGAGACAACUACAAUUGUUGGUGAUGGAAGCACACAGGAAGCAGUAAAUAAGAGAGUUGCCCAAAUCAAGAACCUUGUUGAGGCAGCAGAGCAGGACUAUGAAAAAGAAAAGCUCAAUGAAAGAAUUGCAAAACUCUCAGGCGGUGUUGCUGUUAUUCAGGUUGGUGCACAAACAGAAACAGAACUUAAAGAAAAGAAAUUGAGAGUGGAAGAUGCUCUUAAUGCAACAAAGGCAUCUGUUGAAGAAGGGAUUGUAGUUGGUGGAGGCUGCACCUUAUUGAGGCUUGCAGCUAAAGUUGAUGCUGUAAGAGAGACUCUUGACAAUGAUGAACAGAAGGUUGGAGCAGAUAUUGUUAAAAGGGCACUGAGCUAUCCAAUGAAGUUAAUUGCCAAGAAUGCUGGGGUCAAUGGGAGUGUUGUCAUUGAAAAGGUGCUGUCUAGUGACAAUCCCAACUAUGGUUAUAAUGCUGCAACUGGAAAAUAUGAGGAUCUGAUGGCAGCUGGUAUUAUUGAUCCUACGAAAGUGGUAAGAUGUUGCUUGGAGCAUGCAGCUUCUGUUGCAAGAACAUUCCUCACAUCAGAUGCUGUGGUUGUUGACAUCAAGGAACCUGAACCUGCGGCUGCUGGGAACCCUAUGGAUAACUCAGGUUAUGGGUACUAAACUACCGUGCACAUUGAUGAAAACAAUUAUUCUUUAGUCCCAGUGGCGGAAUGGCAGCAGCUGAACCAAGGUUUAUGAGACUAUAGAGGCUCAAUUUUUUUUUUCUCCAUUGAGGCAUAAGUCAUAAUUUUGUAACUUCCAAUUAUAGUCUUUCAUUCUGGUAGUGAGAUUGGAUGCUUUUCCCCUAAUAAUUAUGCAUUGUUAGAGAUGGUAGGAUUGUUCAUGUUUCCAGUAAAUGCAGGCAUGUGUACCCCUGUGAAAGCAAGGUACCACACAUUUGAGCAUAGUCAAAAAAAUUGUUUGUAUAUCUGUACCCUUGUUUUUGUGCUAAAGUAAUUUUAUUGAA